CAGCAUGCGGGUCCCUCCGUCUGGGAAGACUCCUUCUUCCUGCUGUCCUCUCCACGACACCGAAAACCUCCGGCUUCUUCUUCCGGCCCCGUCUUCCUCCGCGCUCCCCCCCCCGCCCGCCUCGCGUGGUACGUUCCUGGGUCCCGGUCACGCAGCGGCGGGGGCGCGGCCUGCUCGGAGCCUGGUGGAGCCUCGCGCGGUCUCCACGGGCGUCCCUCCCAGCGGCGGUGGUGGCUGCCACGAUGCUGGGUCGGAGUCGCCUACCCUUCGUCCUCCUGGCCGUGGCCGUCACCUGCGCUGUGGCGCAGGACGUGCCGCCGUGGACAGAAGACUGCAGAAAAUCCACCUAUCCUCCUUCUGGACCAACCUAUAGGGGUCCGGUUCCGUGGUACACCAUAAAUCUUGAUUUACCACCCUACAAAAGAUGGCAUGAACUGAUGGCUGACAAGGCCCCAGCGCUAAAGGUUAUAGUGAAUUCCGUGAAGAAUAUGGUAAAUGCAUUUGUGCCAAGUGGAAAAAUUAUACAGAUAGUGGAUCAAAAGUUGCCUGGCCUACUUGGCAACUUUCCUGGCCCUUUUGAGGAGGAAAUGAAGGGGAUCGCAGCUGUUACUGACAUACCUUUAGGAGAGAUUAUUUCAUUCAAUAUUUUCUAUGAGCUUUUUAGCAUGUGUACUUCAAUAAUAACAGAAGACAAACAAGGUCAUCUACUACAUGGGCGAAACAUGGAUUUUGGAAUAUUUCUGGGGUGGAAUAUAAAUAAUCAUUCCUGGGUCAUAACUGAGGAACUAAAACCUUUAACAGUGAAUUUGGACUUCCGAAGGAACAAUAAAACUGUCUUCAAGUCUUCAAGCUUUGCUGGCUACGUGGGCAUGUUAACAGGAUUCAAACCAGGACUGUUUAGUCUUACGCUAAACGAACGUUUCAGUACAAACGGCGGUUACAUUGGUGUGCUAGAAUGGUUACUGGGAAAGAAAGAUGCAAUGUGGAUAGGAUUUAUCAUUAGAUCAGUUCUGGAAAACAGCACAAGUUAUGAAGAAGCCAAGAAUAUAUUGACCAAAACCAAGAUAUUGGCCCCAGCUUACUUUAUCCUGGGAGGCAACAAGUCUGGCGAGGGUUGUGUGAUUACACGAGACAGGAAACAAGCUUUGGAUGUAUACGAACUCAACCCCAAGCAGGGUAGAUGGUAUGUGGUACAAACAAAUUAUGACCGUUGGAAAAAUCCUUUCUUCCUUGAUGAUCGCAGAACACCCACAAAGAUGUGUCUAAACCGGACAACCCAAAAGAAUAUCUCAUUUGCAACCAUAUAUGAUGUCCUGUCAACAAAACCUGUCCUCAACAAGCUGACUGUAUACACAGCCUUGAUGGAUGUCACCAAAGGUCAAUUUGAAACUUACCUGCGGGAUUGCCCAGACCCCUGCAUAGCUUGGUGAGCACACACCUGGCCUACAGAAAGCGCUCUGUGACCUGAAGAUGGGAGCUUGCACAUGGCUGGUCAGUGCAGCCAUGUGAUCUCCUUCCAAAGACUAAGACUCAAAGCAGGUUCUCUUUGACGCUUGAGUUUGUCCUUCUUGUUAUGUUUAUAAUUCACAGGCUAUUUUUGCCAUAACAGUUGAUUGUUCUUAUUUACAGAUGACUUCUUUAAGUAAAGUACAACAAUUGUCUAGAAUUUGCUGAGUUUCAUUUCACUUGGACAUUUGGGGAUGGAGAUGGGCAGUUAAAACUAUUGUGGGACCCACCUCCAUGGAGUAAAGCAAGAUUCUCUGUGGGUGUUGAAUCUGGUACAUCUGUGUGAGUAAUAGUUAAAAUAGUCCACAUUGUUCAAUUUUUCACUUUUAUCUAUAUAUUUGUAUGUUUUUCUGCAUAGCAGUCUUUUCCUCCUGGUUCUAACCACUAGUUAAAUUAAUAUACCAUUGUCUUUGCUGUUUGUGACAGCAAUGUAAUUUCACUAACUUUGAUUGGAGGGAGAUGAGACAGACAUUGAACUGUAUAUUUCUCUUCAUGGGCAAUCCAUGGGCCUUUGACUCUGAACUGAAGUACUUUUUGGGGUUCAUGAAGUAAUCUGUAUGCAAGGCAGUCUUUUAUACACAGAAUUGAAGUGUUCCCUUUUUCAUAAUCACCCUACCUCCCAGUAAUCCCAGGAAGUAGUUAGCUUCAAAAACUGAGUCUCAGGUUCUG